AUGCCACCAGUGGGUAGUGAAAUAUGGACGUUCUCAACGGAUGUAAUCCUUGAAAAUGUCACAGCUAGGCCCGUCGUCACAAUUCUGCACGUCGUUUUGUUUCAGACUUUGAGCAGGGGUUUGAAGGAGCAGCAGUUCGCGGAAUCAGGCUGGGUCGACUCUCUGUUAAGCCUCCGCCGCCGUGCUUCCUCCCGCUACCUUAUGACCGGAAACCCUAACCCGCCCGCAAACUCCGCAUUCGAAACCGUCGUCGAAACCAUCCCCGGCCAAGCCAUGAGCAGCUCAGACGCCAACCUGGACGAUGUCAAGCGCCCCCCCCAAAUCAACACCUCAAAACCACCCCCCAACAAUGCGGCGAACGCGUCGGGGGGGUCCGUCCCGGUCUCUAACAACCCCCUGGGAAACGCUUACCCCGGCGCACACCAGGGGUCCCCGUUCGCGUCUGACACGGGGCGGAGCCGGUUAAGCUCUGGGAGCGUUCUCGAGCGGUCGAUCAGCAUCGUUUCGACGAUCGCGCAUUUUGUUACGGACGAGUACCCCCUGGAAAGGCUGCGGGCGCAGAGCGGGGGGGCGACCAGGAAUGGGGACGAGGAGCAGGGCGGGUCGCCGCAAAAUAACGAGGUUAGCGAAAAUGGGAUAGAGAGAGGGGUGCAAGGGGCGUCUCCCCAGGGCAGAGGAAGUGGGUUAGAGUCCCGGUUACCGCACAGCCGGGCGUAUAAUGAGACGAGAGGCCGGGAGAGGGGGAGCCCGUAUGCGCAGGAUGGGGGGAGGAGUGCACGGUCACAAAGAGGGGGCGGUGUCAAUUCGCCCCGGUCGCCUUUUAGCCCGCGCACCCCGCGCAGUCCGUUGGCCGCGCUCUUCAGCCCGCGCGCGCCGAUCUUCGACGAGAACGGGCGAGAGCUGUCGAAAGAGGAGGUCCGCGUGCUGAGCAUCGAGGAGUGGCAGCGACAGAUUGUGGAGCCUGACGGGACGCCCAAGGCCAGCAAGGUUCGCCUCUUCAACGCGCUCGAGCGCAAGAAGGCCGGCCCGCGCGCGUACGCGCGCCUCUCGGACCGCGUCGCCGACGAGCUAUUCAUAACCGGGCAGGCCAUCUUCGACUGGUUCACGCCGCGCGCGCGCCGCCACUCGCGCUUCUUCACGUGGGCCUUCGCCUUCGUGUGCUUCGCCGUCUUCUUCUUCAUGGCCGGGGAGUACCCCGCCUACCUGCAGAACGUGCGCUACGCGGGGCAGACCGAAAAGGCGGUCCAGGUGGGCAAAUUGGAGCUCAACGUGGGCCCCAGCGAGCUGACGGCCGUCGUGUUCCGGCAAGAAUCGUGGCGCAUGUUCGACUUCGGCUUCCUGCGCAUCUGGGGCGGCCGGUACGCACCGGCCAUCAAGCGGCAGCACCAGUGGUCCCGCUGGUUCACCUCCAUCUUCGUGCACGAGAGCUUCAACCACGUCACCUCCAACAUGCUGCUCUGGCUCGUGCUGGGCCUCUACCUGGAGCGCAAGUACGCCACGUGGCGCAUCGCGCUGCUGUGGCUGCUGUCGGGGCUGGGCGGCAACUUCUUCAGCGCGCUCUUCGAGGACAAGUGCACGCUCGUCGUGGGCGCCAGCGGGGCCGUCUUCGGCAUGGUCGGACUGUUCGUCGGCGACUUCAUGCUCAACUUUGAGACCAUCAGAAGGCCCGUCCUGCGGCUGCUCUCGUUUGCCAUCUUCCUGCUGUACUUCGUGAUCACCGUCGCAACCGCCGGCAGCACGUCGCACUUCAGCCACGUGGGCGGGUUUCUGGCGGGGCUGUUCCCGGCCUUCCUCUACCUGCCCAACUUCAAGCACGACUGGUGGGAGGCGGCCCUGCCCCCCGCCGGCCUGCUGGCCAUGGCCUUCUUCUUCGUGGUGUGUCCAGCCGUCGUUUACAACAUCACUUUCGCAAACCUGCCGUGCUCAUAG